AUGUCUCAAUCUAUCUGUCAAUUUAUCUUCUUCCGGGUCAAGCCGUCGGUCAAACCGGAAGACCCAUCGAACGAAGAAGGCUAUGCUUUGAUGGAGGUCCUCCGUGCGACCAAACAUCAAAACGGCCAUCAGAGCUCGUCUUGGGGACGCACGGUCGAAGAUACAAACACGAUCGUCUGGGUCGUAGACUGGACCGACGCCCGCUGUUCAACAGAUACAGACCUGCUAGCCCCCUUCCUCGACCCCUCCAACACCCAAACUCCAGCAUCAAUCUACGUAACCCUAAUCCCACCAGUCAGAUGCACAGCAACCCUAACCAUGAACCCGGUCACAGAGCUCUGCGCGCUCCCAUUUGCGAGCGAGCUCUCCGUGUCAGAAACCAAACAGCUGAACACGGAUCUGAUUAAUUUCCGCAGGGCGCUGGUCGACCAGCUGCCGCAGCAGGCUGGGCCGAAGUCGUGGGCCAUGGGCCAUGUUGAUCGGCCCAGUAAGCUGCCACAUGCAAAGAGUCCCGAUGGAAAGGCUGUUGUGUAUUUCCUUGCUGUUGGGUGGGAUAGUGUAGAUGCGCAUGUUCGGGCUAAGGAGACGGAGAAUUUCGCCGAGGCGAUUCGGCCUAUUCGGGAGAAGAUGUUGCCUCCUAUUCCUGGGUUGGAGAUGAAACAUGUUAGUUUUCAGAUGGUUUAG